AUGGCCAGUCCAAGCCCCCAACGACCGGCCGAGAAGGCACCUUUGAGUGCGCAGGCUGCAGUGGCGGAGGGGCGUGUGGAAGUGUUCAUCUGGAGGAUUGAGGGCUACUGGGCCCCUGCCUGGUUGAAGGAUGUCGGGCUGUGCAUCAAUUUGGGCCACCGAGGUGCACCUUGCCCGGUCCCUGAGCCCUUCGCCGACAUCGAUGAUGACGAUGAAGAACGGCCGGCCGAGGAAGAAGAAAACGACCCGGAGGCUGCCCAGGACGAUCCUUUGCGACAUGCCGACCCUCCACCAAGACCACCGGCGUCCAUGAUGACCAUCGUCGACACGACCGGCGUACACUUUCUGCCGCUCCUUGACUGUGGCCUGUAUCCGGCCAGUCAACGUGCCGCUCGAACGUGCUUUACAUUCACCGUGCUCGAUGACUUCCUGCUCGACAACCUUGAGUGCAAGACGACGGCGAUGAACUACUACCGGCGUCUUCGCCGAGUCACUGAUCCUGUGUUCCCCCAUGAGGUGCCGGACCGAUAUUUGGAGCUCCUCAGAGUGAGUCGGGAGUGGACCCUGCUGCAAGCCAAGAAGGAGCAUGGGUACGGGCCGGCCUGGCGUGGGGUUCCGGGAGACGGUGACCUCGCGAAUUUCUGUGCUGCAUGCCCGCAACCCGGUGUAAAUAUCCCACACGAGUGGCAGGCCGACGACCGAGACUAUUUGUACGCCCGAACGUACGUCAUGGACGGAAACUUCCACGCUGAGCAGAUGCGGAUGCGGAAUCCAGGGAACGAUGUUCCUCUUAUGCCGGGAAAGAUGUUUAUGGUCAACCCCGGGCCUUACGAGGACCACCUGCUGGUGGCGAAGGAAGUUAAGAUGCCCUCCACCUGCCACGAUCAUAAGGCGGUAUCGCAGGCAAACGCCGACAGACACAAGCUGGCAGUCACCGGCAUAGGUGCAACAUCGUGUGCCAGACAUGGCUGCUUCGUGCCUCAUUCGGUGGUCAACUUUCAGAAAGGGGAGCGCCAAAUGAACAUGGAUUACUCCCUAUCAAAUGCCCUCGGGUAUCAAUCCAAGGGCCUCACCCACGUCUACCUAUGUUAUGACAUCGUUUGCCAGUACCAUGUGUAUCUCGACAAACGGUUUGCGGGUAACCCCCAUCUUCAUAUGCCCAGCGGUCUGGUGCUGUACAAGUGCAUCGGCCUUUUCCACGUACACGGCCAUCAGGCAGUGUGCGAGGUCCGCCACUCCCUGACCUUCACAAAGGGCGCCGGCGAGGUCGACGGCGAAAUCAUCGAAACACAGUGGUCGACGACAAAUCAAAAUGAUUACCAUGGUGGCAUCCCUAAGGAGGAAGAUAAAGGCGAACCGGCCCCUGCUCGCCGAGAUGAAACAGGACUCUCGGCGAAGGAGUCAGGAUUGAACGCCGAGACUCUGCAGAGCUGGAAGCGCGAAUUGAACAUCGCUCAACGCCGGCGCCUCACCAAUGUGAAAGCGAUGGACAAAUACCUUGUGAAGAAACCAAUUGUGAGUGAUGUGAUAGACCCGGGCGCACGGAACGGUGGCCGGAUUGUCGGGACUGCCGAGUGGAUCGCCGAGGGCCUCAAGCUUGAGGAGCUACAACUUACCAUCCGAAGAGACGUCAAGCAGCAAGGCGAAAAGAUCACCAAGCCUCAGCAACUGAAGCUCGCUCAACGUCGGAAGGCCCUGGAGACACGAAUCCGACGGUUUCACCGGCAAGCCAACGCAAUCAGCCACCGGGCAGACUGGGGUGUUGAUGAAUCCGAGGCAGAUGAUGAGGAAUGGGAGGAUGAAGGCCCGGUCGUCGCCCGGGAGCCACACGGCCCAUGGAGUAUGUUCACCAGCCGGCCGAAGCUUCCGCACAGCGAGAACAUGGCCGAGCAGACCCCGCUCGGGCUCCCAUCCAACUUAUCUCCUGUCGUGUUUGAUGAUGAGAGUCUGAAACGUCUGGCCGAGCAGGAACUCACCCUUCGGCGUGGGCAAGCCAAUGAUGCGCUCCACCAGCUCCGCCUCCUUCUGGGCCACAAGUCUUUUCAGUUUCGUACCAGCAUUCGGCAUGGCAAGUCCAACACCAAGCGCACCCGAGCAUUCACCACAAUGAACAAGCUCGACCGGGCCGUCGCUAUUCAUGCGUCAAUCUACCGGAGGUGCAGAGCUGCCAUGGUGGUGCUCGGUCUCUCAGAGGAGGAGCAACUGAAGUAUCAGCGUCUCAGCAAAGAGGACCUCAAUGUCACCACCGCCAUCGCCGAACCAAACAAGCCCGGCCAGAGGCACAAAUCGACGUCAUGGAUCUGGAAUAUCGAUGUCGGAGGAGAUCUCGACAGGAAUGAUACACUCUCAAUCAUUCACCGGAUUCACUGGUUCCACGCACGCUCCAAAGUUGAUCGCCUGGAAGAAGAGGCCGGCAUCUUACGCCGGGAACUUGAUUCGGUGGGGAGGUAUUUCUCUCACCACGCCGAGAUGUGGAGAGACCGGGCUAUCCAGCACCCAGGCGAUGAUUAUGCAGGGUUCGCUCCGUACUGCCGGAAGCGUGCCGCGAUGUACGACCGUUUAUACCGAGAUGCUCAGCAGACGUAUAGGGAUGUUUAUGCUGACCCGAACAUUUUUACGUAG